AGACAAACAUACAUUUUCUUCUCGUUGUCCAGUAGAUCACUUAACUACUCCCUGAAGGGAUGUGCCCAUCUUCAUCCCACAUUAGAUGGCUGGGCAUGUGAAGAUGAACAGAAUCCUGCCUAGCUUAGUCUACAGGGAGACACACCGGAGAGCUGGAGCUGACAAGGAAACUGGGGGAACAGAUUAGACAGAAACACAAGGAGAAAGCAUGGACCUUUUCAAAGACUAGCGUUUCCAUAUUGAGGUGUGAUGGGUACAUGUGAAGAUUUUUUUUUUUUGGCAGUUUAACGUGGAACCCAUUGAUCACCUUAUCCUCAUUUCUACCUGUUUUGUUUGACGAGUGAGCGUGCCCAAAUGAGCAAGAUAUCACAGCAAAACAGUACUCCAGGAGUGAAUGGAAUAAGUGUUAUUCAUACUCAGGCACAUGCAAGCGGCUUACAGCAAGUUCCUCAGCUGGUGCCUGCUGGCCCUGGGGGAGGAGGCAAAGCUGUGCCUCCAAGCAAGCAAAGCAAAAAGAGUUCGCCCAUGGAUCGAAAUAGUGAUGAGUAUCGCCAGCGCAGAGAGAGGAACAACAUGGCUGUGAAAAAGAGCCGGUUGAAAAGUAAGCAGAAAGCACAGGAUACACUGCAAAGAGUGAAUCAGCUCAAGGAAGAGAAUGAACGGUUGGAAGCAAAAAUAAAAUUGCUGACUAAGGAAUUGAGUGUACUGAAAGACUUGUUUCUUGAGCAUGCACACAACCUUGCAGACAACGUGCAACCCAUUAGCACUGAAAAUACAACAACAAAUUCUGAUAAUGCAGGACAGUAGACCUCAUUCUUUCCAGACUUCCCACGUUGUGGCUUGAACGUUACAGGUGUGACCACCUAUACCACUCAUAUCAAUGGCUGAAUGUUGUCUUGUUCCAUUUUUUAGAGAUCCAUUGGAGGUUAUUUUCUAGGAUCAGCACUGAAGAGUUGAGCUAAACAUGUUAGUAAUGUAAUUAGAAUAUCUGGUUUUAAAUGAUAUGGGUUUUUGUGGGGAUCAAAAGAGUAACAUUUUUAAGUUACAGUUUAAACAAGAAUCCUGAACCUUGACGUUCUUAAUAAAUUCUGACUUCCCUAGAA